AUGGCAACACAUGCCCAGAAGAGAGAGGGUGACAUUAGUGACGCCUUUGCUUCGCUCUCAGGUUUGACUCCCGAACCGCUAGAGCCUCGCUUUGCUACUCUUAAAAGCGAGUUGAUUGGCGGCAAAGAAAAUGUCAUACAAGAAUCUUUCUUCCGCCUUCUAGAGGCUUUGAGGGAGGAGAUUGCCACUGUCAAGAUACUCAAAAGCAAAGCUAUUCCUGAAAUUGACUUCAAGGAUAUCAAGGACGCAAGUACCAAAUUCAGCAGCGAGUACAAGAGACGUGGGGCAGCAAUCAUUCGGAACGUGAUACCACCAGUCGAGGCAAUGGAGAUGAAAGAAGAGCUUCGAGAAUACAUUGCCGCCAACCCCCAGACCAAAGCAUUCCCAAGUGACAACCCUCAAGUAUACGAGCUGUACUGGUCACCAGCUCAGAUCAGAGCACGUUCUCAUCCAUAUCUUCUGGCCGCACAGCGAUUCCUUCUUUCCCACUGGCAUUCUCAGGAUCCUCAGGCUCUAGUCUCUACUGCACACCCAACUAUAUACGCAGAUCGACUCCGGAUACGAACGCCGGGGGACAAUAUCUUUGCUCUAGGACCGCACGUCGAUGGAGGCGGACCGGAAAGGUGGGAGCCAGAAGGCUAUGGAAACGCCAAAGUCUACGAAUCAAUCUGGCAAGGUCGAUGGGAAGACCAUGAUCCUUGGGAGAUCAGCUCCCGAUUGGCAGUCAAGUCAGAUUUGUAUCGAGGUGUUGGGGCCUGCAGUAUGUUCCGCGCAGCACAGGGAUGGCUGUCAUUAAGCACCACUAAGGCACACGAAGGAACGCUACUGGUAAAUCCAAUGCUGAAGCACGCCACCGCCUACUAUCUUCUACGACCAUUCUUUUCAGCUAAAAAGGGGCCCAUGAGCCCUAAGACUGAUACGUUCGACGAGUCUUUUCUCUCACCCGAUAAUUGGGUUCUGGACUGUCCUCAAACUUCCUGGCUCCAGGGUGCAUUACCAGGAAAGGGACAAGAGUUGAGCGACAUGCUGCAUCCUCAUCUCGAGCUCAACAGCACAAUGGUCCAUAUCCCAGAGGUCAGGCCUGGUGACUAUGUGGCUUGGCAUUGCGAUCAGAUUCACGCAGUCGACCAAAAGCACGAGGGCACGACCGACAGCUCAGUCCUGUACAUUCCUGCGUGUCCUCUUACAGCCCACAACGCGGAGUUCUUAGCUCGUCAACGACAAGCUUUUCUUGAGGGAUUGCCAUGUCCUGACUUCGGCGGAGGCAUUGGAGAGACAAAUCACGUUGGUCGACCUGGUAUCGAAGAAAUUGAGAAGGCGAGUCAAGGUAGAGAUGCAGGCAUGGUUGCUUUCGGUCUUCAGGAAUUCCACAGUUCAGCAGUGGGACUGAGCGACACUCAGAGGGAGCUCUUCGACAGGGCAAACAAGAUCUUGGACUUCUAUGACUAG